UGCAAGAUUAAAAACAACAACAACAUUUCUCAGUUACCCACCCCUGAAUUUCCUUUUUAGCAUUGAACAUUUGGCUCUCAGGUUUGUCUUAUUUCUUGUGUUAUCAUAUUCCUCGGACCCUACCCCGAGAUCUCCAAUCCCCGCCACGCUUGGAGCGGGUGGACCAAUCAGAGAGCACCUUGGAUACAUAUUCAUGAUUCCCUGAUUCAAACGUUUGAGCGAGUUUGUGUAGAUCCGCCGCAUCACACCUAGACUUUUCACAGAGACAAACUACAUUUUCUUAUGAAUGGAAAGUGAAAAAAUCAGUUGAGCUUAAAUUGGGAUCCAUCCUUCACUGCGAUAGAAGAAAACAAAAAAGGCAGGAGAAGGGAGAUUCGCACUGAAGAUAUGACAAUGACCACAAUACCAGAGAGUCUAAACAGCCCCGUCUCAGGAAAGAGCGUUUUCAUGGAAUUUGGGCCACCAAGUCAACAAAUGUCGCCUUCAUCUAUGUCUCACGGACAUUAUUCAAUGCACUGUUUACAUUCAGCCGGUCAUCCUCAGCACGACAGCUCGUACAGUCCCGCUCCGUCUUUCCCCAGAUCGCUGGCUUAUCCAUAUGUCAACUCUGUCGGUAGCCAUUCCUCAAGUCCAUAUCUCAGUAGCGUUCAGACUUACCAAAACAGCACGGCGUUAACGCAGACGCGGUUAGAAGACGCAGCACCAGAAACGGAGAAAAGCACAGUGGUGGAAGGGGGAGAGGUUCGCUUCAACGGGAAGGGGAAAAAGAUUCGCAAACCUCGGACUAUAUACUCCAGCCUCCAGCUGCAGGCGCUGAACCGCAGAUUUCAGCAGACGCAGUAUCUGGCGCUGCCGGAGAGAGCAGAACUGGCCGCGUCUCUGGGACUCACACAAACCCAGGUCAAGAUCUGGUUUCAGAACAAGCGAUCUAAGUUUAAGAAGCUGAUGAAGCAAGGCGGAGGAAGCAUAGACACGAGCGCACUGGCCAAUGGCCGCGGACUGAGCGCCGGUUCGCCCUCCGUAGCGCCCGUAUGGAACUCAUCCGCUAGCGUUAAAACCUCCGUCGGCACACCGAGCUCGUACAUCCCGAGCUACACCUCUUGGUAUCCCAGCACGCACCAGGACUCUAUGCAGCAGCCGCAGCUCAUGUGA